AUGAAGAAAAAUGUGUUCAUACCGCCGCUAAACUGGGACAAACUGUAUGCCAAAAUAAAAGAGAUCAGGGAGACAACGGAGGCCCCGGUAGACACGGUGGGAUGCUCAAAGUUAUUCGACAAAUCGGCCUCAAACGAAACGAGGCGGUAUCAAAUUCUACUUGCACUUAUGCUCAGCGCUCAAACAAAAGAUCAUGUAACUGCAGCAGCAAUGCAUUCGUUGAUUGAGCAUGGCUGCACACCGGAGGUAAUAGCAAAAAUGCCUGCGAAGAAGCUCGAUGAGUUUAUUUCGAAAGUGGGUUUUCAUAACAUGAAGACGAAACAUAUCAAAGGAGCAACUGACUCUAUUUUAAAGCGACACCAAGGAUGUGUGCCGCAAUCUUACGAGGAACUGAUUGCUCUUCCAGGUGUGGGGCCCAAAAUGGCACAUAUAUUCCUACAAGCAGCUGACGGUGUGGUGGUUGGCAUCGGAGUGGAUACGCAUGUUCACCGCAUAGCGCAGCGUUUCAAUUGGGUGCCAAUGACAGUGAAGACACCGGAAGAUACACGAAAGGCACUUGAAUCUUGGCUUCCGCGCGAGUAUUGGGGUGAGAUUAAUGAGGUUUUAGUGGGAUUAGGGCAAACUGUAUGUUCUCCUCGCUUUCCACACUGCUCUGAGUGUGCAGCUAGGCAAUUGUGCCCUAGCGCCUUUAAAGAAAGUAGACAAGGUGGAAAACGGCAAAGGGUUCUUGAUAUUGAGGAUAUCGAAAAAACGAGACCCUAUAAAAGUUCUAAGCGAGGUUGA